AUGGAAAUGACUAAUAUAAACAAGGCAAAUGAUCCAGAAGAGAAGAGAACUUGGUGCUGUGCCUGGGGUCUGAUUAAACCCGAGCAUAAUGAACACACUUCCGAGGAUGAAGAAUUCUCCUGCCACACAUUGACAGUGAAACAGAAACCCAAGGAGUUUGUUGUAACAGGCGGAGUUGAGACGCAUCUGAAGGUUGUGCACAUCUCACCAAGUGAGGAGCAUGUUUUUCCCUAUGAAUAUACCCUACAAUUACCGGGAAUGGGUGCGCACAAUGUGGCAGUAAGUCCCGAUUGCAGUACUAUAGCUGCAGUUGCUGUCGAUGGAAGUUUAUCGCUGCUGGAUGUCAAGGCCGGAGUGCGUUUGCCCAACAUCAGUCACAGACUGGUCAGUAACUUUUGGUCAACGGCAUUUGGGGGCAGCAACGAUUCUGUUUAUGCGGGUUCCGGAAAUGGGGAGGUCUUUAAGUACGACACAGUUUUGGGGAAACUGCAACACAGUUACAACACAGAGCGUUGUGAGAACAUUCUCGGCUUGGCCAUUAGCUUGGAUCAUCGUCUGAUUGGGGCAAGCGAUUAUGAGGGGAAUAUUACACUGAUAGAUGGCGCCACCGGGCAGCUGUUGCGACGCGGCAACUUCAAGUGUCCAAUGCGUAAAUUGGUGUUUGAUCCGAGCUUGUGUCAUGCUUUGGCUGCCUGUGAUGAUAAGACCAUCAAGGUCAUUGAUUUGCCCAGCGGCAAGUUGCGUCAGAGUCUGAAGGGACACGAUGCCUUUGUCAUGUCGUUGGCAGCUUCACCGGAUGGUCAGCGAUUCGUUAGCGGCUCCUGUGACGGCACCAUGAAGAUAUGGGACUCGAACGACAAAGAACGAAUUGUCAUUUGUCUGUGCCAGCAACAAGAAUCUCUGGGACGUGGACUACAACAGGCUGAGCAACAAGGUCUGCUUUGUGGGCGAUGGGAAGGGGCUUAA